CCGUGGUUGAGAUCAUGUCUCUUUAACGUUUUCUUGUUCAUUGGUGCGUGUUGAUUAGUGUCGACCUCAGGUAUAUGCGGAUACAUACCAACCGAAUAAUAUAUAUACAAACAGCUUGCGGCCAGCCACGAAAAGUCUAUCUGAUGUCACACGUGGAAUGACAUCAAACAGUUCCCAUUACUGAGCGAGUCAAGUCAAUAUUUUCACCAGGGUACCAUUAAAAGUAAAAGAAAGCCAGUUCCUUGACUAUUCUAUUUGUGUUCUGAUUGUAUCAAUAAUUUACACGAUGGGUGAUCCAACACGCCAUUAUUUGAUAGUGCUGAUAAUCAUAAUCACCAGUUGUACCGGUAGCUUUGCAACAGACUAUUUUCCCACAUCAUGGUCUUCAGUGUGCAAGAGCGACAUUAAUAACACAACAGAAACAAGCCAGUUUAUUUUGCGCUGUGCCUUAGGUCCAAAUGAUCCUGUUCUGAUAGACUUAAAACAGCUAAAAAGCUUCACUACAAAUCUCCCGGGCCUAACUGUUAAUGUCAGCAUUGAGUGUUCUGCUGGUGGAAAUCUCUCUAUGACCUGGCCUAUGAAGAUACCAGGACUAUCGGUUCUAAAGAUACAAGGUUGUGUUAUUUAUGAUUUUAUUAACGAUUGGAAUAACCAGGAACUGGAAGGAACACCGGAUACUUUACAAUCUCUUACUCUUGUUGAUUCGGGAAUUUUAAUCAACUUUGCAUUAUUUUUUGAAAGUUUUACUGGAAUCAUAAACGUUUCCAGAGAAUGGAAUUGUGGCCAUGAUACAACUUUAAGAAGAAUUGUAAUAAGAUCUUUUAAAGCUGGCCUUGAUAUGACUGACACCGAACCGAACCGAAUUAUGGAGCCUUGGUUAAUGGAGCAGUUCGUUACAGAUAUAGAGAACAUGGGCUCAAACUGUAGAUUUGAGCACCUUGAAUACCUCGAAGAAUCUGCAGAAGAUGUAGUCAACGCUUUCCAAGUACGAUUAAUGACUUCUGAUUCCCAUUAUCCCAAUCUUAAAUACCUCAACUUCUCUAACAGCCAAUGGCAGGAGAUUCCACCGGUUUUAAACGAUUUUAACCUGAAAUACCCAAAGCUAGAAUACAUCGACUUUAGUAGUAAUUUUAUUUCAAAAGUUACACUGAGGAAUUUAGCAACAUAUGACAAGAACAGGGUUCUUGACGUCCGGAAUAACAAUAUAACAACUUUAGCUGUUCAGGAUAUCAAAGAUUGGGUAAAAGGGCUGCCAUUUAUGUUUGUCGAUAUUCGAAAUAAUCCGUUGGACUGUAGUUGUAUAAAACGGGAAUUUAUUUACCAAGUUCAAGACGAGGAUUGGUUUGUUGGUGAUUUGUUUAAAUAUAAAUAUAUCAGAAAUAUGACUUGUGCCACUCCGCCAUCAGCUCGUGGUAAAAUGUUACAACAUUUGACUGAAGAUGAUAUGGGAUGUGCGAUACCCCCAGCUGAUCUGACUGUGGCUCUCGUUAUAGUUGCUAUUGUUGCCGUUAUUUUAAUCAUUCUUAUCAUACUUUCAGUAAGAUAUAGAAAAGAGAUCAAAAUUCUUCUUUAUACAAGAUUUGGUAUCCUAAUGCCAUGUGAAAAAAGUGACAAAUUCGAAUCAAAGAAAUACGCAGCUUUCGUGUCCUAUAGUUCUGCGAAUGGAGACUGGGUGCAUAAUUAUCUCCAAGAGAAUAUCGAGACUCCAUCCGACAGUAACUGUCAUGCUUUCAAAUUGUGUUUACACGAACGAGAUUUUAUUGGCGGAAAAAGCAUCCUGGACAAUAUCACAUACAGUAUAGAUAACAGCCGUCACACUAUUGUUAUACUCUCAAAUGCGUUUUUAGACAGUAGAUGGGGAACGGAGGAAUUCACUCAGGCUUAUAACGAAAGCAUUGGGGAGAAACGGCGACAUUUGAUUCUUGUGAAACUCGAGGAAAUACCUGAACAUAAGAUGCCAACUUCGCUGAAACGUUGUCUGAAGUUUUUCACCUAUUUGGACGUUAAAGAUAAGAUGUUUUUGGAUCGACUGAGGUACUCGUUGGCUAUCAAAUCUCAACUGGUUAGACACAAUUCCUCAGUUUCCAUAAAAUCUCAAGUGUCCACUGAUUCGGGGUGUGUAGAUGAUCUAAAUAUUUCCGAAAAGGAUAACGACAGAUCACAUGAUACUGCAUUAGACAUUGAUGAAGUUUCAACACAGAUAUAAUGUUGGAAAUAAUUAUGUGUUACCGUUGUGAACUGCUUAUACAUGAGAAAGCCCAUUUCAUGAGAAGUCUUGAAAAUUAUUUCAUUUUUACUAAUACCUUAUUCAGACUUGCAUAGAUUGUUGAACUAAGAAAUGACUUGAUUUAAAUAGUGAGUGCAGGAGGACCGCACUACACGCAAAACAAAAAUUUACAAGAUAAACCUGCGGACAAGACAGAAUAUAGACAUUCCAAAAAAAUAUACAAAUAUCAAAUCAAGUAAAUGGAUCCGGAGGUCAGUCGUGAGCGUCCACUGUGUUGUAUAGUCCGGGGCCUGUUAUGGUACAGGCUUUACUCAAAUGUUAGUUUCGUCCUGGGUUUGCUCGAAUUUUUGACAUAAAUUCUUAAUUGUUUGUGGUAUUUGAAGAGAUAGUUUAGAAUGUUGGAUGGAAAGUAACCAUAAAUAUAAUUCUUAAAUUGAAGUUUUAGCGUAGGGGUGAAAUUGUUAUUUGUAAUUGAUGUGGAAACAGCGGGACCCGUCCUUCUUUACGUGUCGGUGUGUAAUGGUGCUUAAAAUACAGAUGUAACGUCAUCCUUUGACGGGCAACGUACUAAUCGUAUGGGCAACGUGCUAAUCGUACAUAAUUGUAUACUUGAUAAAGAUUCCUGUGACGAUUUCGUUGAAAUGCAUGUGCGGGAUAGCUUAUCUGUCUUUUGUCUAAUGGUCUCGAGGAAGACAUUGCGUAAAAUAUUGAAACAACACUCGGACUUGUGCCGUAUCAAUAUAUUACUUAAUAUCCCGCUCUAAACCAUUAAACCACACAGAGAAGCAAUUUUGAAAAGUUGACUCAAAAUGGCGAAAGUUGUAGCAAUAGAUGUAUAUAAUUAUUAUUAGUCAUAUAAUUCUUCUGUGAUCCGGCGAAAGAUAGCAAGCGACUUUGGUCUUUUUUAAAAACUAAAUAAAAAUAUGUCAGCAAA